GUGAAGUGGCGCUUAAACGUCCGCGAGAAAUCCGCUGGCGCUACUGAGCGCGCGGGGAGUCAAGGCACGCGACGCCAAACUUUAUAGACCUACCUGACAACAACGGCCAAGUCGUAACCCCGCAUAGCCUACUCAUUCACGCCCUCCAGCUCCAGGCCCAGCAUCAUUCCACUGCACAGCUCCACCGCACAGACCGCAAUGCAGACUUGCCUCUAUACACACGUGCAUUCUUAUGGCACCAACCAUCAGCGAGACGAGACUGUCGAUUCCUUUGAAAAUGAUGCCAUUCUUGAAUUCAUCACAGAACAUACCAAGUGGAUGCCUAGGAUCUCAAUGGAUGCAUCAGAUCUUAUCAGUCUGGAUGCUGAUGUGCAGCCAACAGACCUGGUUGAUAGCCUGGAACUGAACAGACAGUUACACACCACUUUGCAGAGGAAACAGGAUGAGAUAUCUGCACUGAGGGAGAAGAAUUCACAACUAAAAGAGCUGGCCAGGCAGGCAGAGCAUCUGGCUCAUCUACUAGAUACCAUGACACCAUCAACAGAGGAAACCAAACAAGCCGCUGCAUGCUCACCGUCAUCAUAUGGGUUGGGUUGCUCACCAACAGAGCAGCAUUUACGCAGCUUGGAUAAGCACCAGUGGGUGUGCACCGCAACAUAUGACUCACAGGACACGGAGGUCUUCUCAUCGGCGCCAACACAGACAGACCAAACACCUGAAUGCCUAAAACCUGGACCGGCAAGCCCGCGUACUGGAGUGAAAAGAUGUCUGUGGCCCAGUCAGGAUGAUACUGGAUCAGCCGGUGAACAUUCCAGCUCCGCAGAAGAUGCUGUAACGUUUCAGAGAGAUGCCAAACGGAGGAGAGAUGACCAAGAGCUACUCCAAGCUCAGCUGCAGCAGUACCUUGAGGACAUUGAAUGGGACCUCCGGCAGGAAGAUUCAGUAGUCAGCCGAGAGGACCAGGCAGAGGGACAAAAAUCUGACCCGAUCAAUAUUUGCGGAAGUUUCCAAGGACUCCAAAUAGUGAGAACUACUGAAACAGACUCAUCAGACAGGGGAGAGCCUAUGUGCUUUAAGACCUCAAUCAGAGAACACUGCACCAUCAGAACUCGUGUGUUCCCUCACGGAAAGAGCUUCACGUCUCCCACACCAACAGGAGGCUACAGGUUUCUAUGGAUACCCACAGAUAAAUCAUGAAAGGAGAAAUAAAAAUCACAACAUGUUUAACCUAAAUAUAUGGAUAGCAUAAAGCAUAGGUACUUCUGCGUUGUUAUGUAUUAAGGAGGUUUGAUCCCAUGUCUAUUCUCUAUGUAAAAAGAAAACUGACCUUGAUUCCGAUUAUAUUUCACAAACUUGAAGACCAAGUCACCUUACGGAUAGAAGAAAAAAAAGUAUUUUUGUUGACUCUCUACUCGUCACAGAUUAGUCAAGGCUGUGGUAAAUACUGUGACAAAUUCCUGCUGUCUUCUGCUCAGCAGCUGCCAUUUCAGUCAACAUUUUCCUGCAUUCUCCCACUACUGACCUUACCUCAUCCAAAGGACAAAAAUAUGACAAGGAGUCAAAUC